ACUCUUCUGUCUCACACAUGGCAUCCAAUAUGUUAACUAUAGUUAAACCACACUCCCUUAUCCCUGGUUAAAACUCCUUAACCCUAGUUAACUUCAAACCUCAACCUCCCUUCUCACAAUUAAUACCCUUCUCUCUCUCCCCUACUCUUACCUCUCUCUCUCUCUCUCUCUCUUCCAGUGCUGUCCUGUGCUAACAUUCGCCAUGGGUGCACUACACGUCCUUCUUCUCACCCUCUCACUCAUUGCCAUUUCCAGUACCAGAGCUCACAACAUCACAGAUAUGCUCUUACCUUUCCCAGAAUACAGCCUCUUCAACAGCUACCUCACCCAAACAAAGCUCGCUGACGAGAUCAACAGUCGCGACACAAUCACCGUCCUCGUUAUCAACAACGGAGCCAUGUCCGCCCUCGCAGCCAAACACCCCCUCUCCGUCAUCAAGAACGAGCUCGCCCUCCACAUCCUCUUGGACUACUUCGACAACCAAAAGCUCCACCAGAUCCCUAAAGGCACAACUCUCUCCACUACAUUGUACCAGACCACCGGAAAUGCCCCUGGAAACCUAGGGUUUGUCAACAUCACCGACCUCAAAGGUGGCAAGGUCGGCUUCGGCUCCGCUGUUCCCGGCUCGCCUAUCGACUCCAGCUACACCAAGUCCGUCAAACAAGUGCCGUACAAUAUCUCGGUCAUGGAAAUCAGCCAGCCGAUCAUUGCGCAGGCGAUUCUGACUGCUCCGGCGCCGUCGGCUUCCGAUGCGAAUAUCACCGGUUUGCUGGAGAAGGCUGGGUGUAAGACGUUUGCGUCGUUGAUUUUGUCGACCGGUGUGCUCAAAGUGUAUCAGACGGCGGCUGAAAAAGGUUUGACUCUGUUUGCGCCGUCGGAUAAGGCGUUUAAGGCUGCGGGAAUGCCAGAUCUGAGCAAGCUCACGAAUGCUGAGGUGGUCUCGCUCCUACAGUAUCACGCCUUGGCGAGUUACACGCCGAUUGGGUCGUUGAAGACGACAAAAACUCCGAUCAGUACGUUGGCGACUAACGGCGCCGGGAAGUUCGAUUUGACCGUCGCGACUGCCGGGGACGAGGUCACUCUCCACUCGGGAGUUGACUCGUCGCGUAUCGCCGGGACCGUCAUUGACUCGACGCCGCUCUGCAUUUUCACUGUCGACAGUGUUCUUCUUCCGACCGAGUUGUUCGGUACAGCUCCGUCUCCGGCACCGGCGAUGGAGCCUGUGGCUUCGCCUGCCCCGGCCGUUAGUCCGGCCCCUGAAUCUGCGGAGGUUCCGACACCCGCAUUGUCGCCUCCGGCACCGCCGAUGUCCACUCCGGAAGGAGCUCCCUCGGAAGGUCCAGCGGCUGAGUCGGAGAACAGCACGACAGAUAAUGCCGCCGGCGACGUGAAAUCCCCGGCAUUGUUGAAAUCCCUAAUCAUACCGUCUGUGUCGGUAAUUAUCUCAAUUUUCUUGUCUUAAGUCGUAGUUCCACCAGGUUUGUUAAUUAAUUUUUUGUUCUUAAUUUCUACAUUUUAUUUUUGGAGUGUUUGUGUUGCUAUCAGUUACCAAGAGAGGUUUUAGUUUAUUUUUUUAUAUUUUGAUUAAUUGGAAUUUGGAGGGUUCAAUUAAACAGCUGCGCAUUUUAGCAGUA